UUUACUGCAGUACACCCCCCACCACAGACACACACAGACACACUGCGGAUCGCGCUCUCCACCAAUCAGAAGAGUUUUGCUCCGGUGACGCGCGCGCCGCUCCGAGAACAACCGGCAACUGGCUUCUUCACCCCAUCAGCGCGCGCCUCAGCGGGAUUCCUCUGAGCCCCCACAGCUCCUCAGCGCCGCGUUAAAGCCCCUCUCAGUUGCUGCGUCCCAAACAACAGAGCAGAAGACAUGGCGAAGGACGACAAGAAGAACGAGUGGAAGGAGUUCUUCUGGAACCCGAGGACCCGCGAGUUCUGCGGCAGGACGGCGAGCAGCUGGGGUUUGAUCUUUUUGUUCUAUCUGGCCUUUUACAUCUUCCUGGCUGGCCUCUUCACUCUCACCAUGUACGUCAUGCUUCUAACCCUUGAUGACAACACACCUACCUACCAAGACAGACUCGCUACACCAGGGAUGAUGAUCAGGCCUAGAAGUGAAGAUCUGGAGAUUACGUACACUAAAGAGAACACAGAGAGCUGGGAUAUGUAUGUGCAGGCCCUCAACCGCUUCCUGUCCCCCUACAACGACUCAGUGCAGGAGCAGAAGAACCAUGAGUGUACACCUGACAAGUACUUCAUACAGGAUGACAGCGGCAAUGUGAAGAACAACCCCAAACGCUCCUGCCAGUUCAAACGCUCCAUCCUGGAGGACUGCUCCGGCCUCUACGAUCGCUACUACGGCUACAACGAUGGCAAACCCUGCAUCAUCAUCAAACUCAAUCGAGUGAUUGGUAUGUUGCCAGGGAAGGAUGGCCAGACACCCUCCGUUAGUUGUGGCCCCAGGAGAUACAAAAUCGGCAAAGAUGAAUGGGCUGAUGACACAGAUAAGAUGGGGGAGGUGGUGUACUUUCCACGCAAUGGCACCUUCAAUCUCAUGUACUACCCGUACUAUGGCAAGAAGGCCCAGGUGAAUUACUCGCAGCCGCUUGUGGCAAUUAAGUUCCUCAACAUGACCCUAAACACAGAUAUCAAUGUGGAGUGCAAAAUCAACGCCAACAACAUCCCCACCAACAACGAGCGGGACAAGUUCGCUGGCCGUGUUUCCUUCAAGCUGAGGAUCAACUCUAGAAACUAAGUGGACCGAAGUGCGUUACCUCAGUGUAUAUACACACACACACACACACACACACACACUUUAUACACACAUGCAUACGUCCUCCUCACUCCAUCCUAUCAUGCAGUGGGUGCUCUUAGAGACACAUGCCAGACACAGCACUCAGUUCACUCUCUCAGCUGUGUUUACAGUGACUGUUGUACAUUGUCACCUCCAGUGAAGGCGUUAGUGAGUGAAUCAGAAAUGCUAAGGCGCUGCUGAUUGCGCUGUGUCUGCUUGUUAGGGCUGCACAGUAUGGACAAAAUAUCAUAUAGUUACAUGUUAUGCAUAUGAUAUGCCUUGCAAUAUAUUCAGAAUACAAUAGUGAAUCAAUAAUAAACUCCCAGUCCCUGUACCAGGUUCAGAAAAAGAAAUACUCUUGCCAGAGGAGCUAUUGUGUGUGCAGGUCCCCGUAAGCACCAGUAGAAGUAUUUUAUUAAUUUCAGUAUGAAUCACAGCUUUUUCCUCAAGUUAUUGAUUUGUUUAAUCAGGGUGAAGUCAAAAUCCAACUUCAUUGAUUUUCUCGUUCAGAUUGGUAGUUUGUGACACAAAUGGAUUUGUGUGAGAUCAGCACACAGUAAAACCCCUGAUUGGUUCAAGAGCUCGUUUGCUUAUUGCAGCCUUCUGUCAUAUCAGGCAACAAGGCUUGUGCCAUAACAUAAUAACAUCUGUGACUGUGCAGCCCUAGUGUGAACACACAUCUGCGUGUGUGUGUGUGUGUGUGUGUGUGUGUGUGUGUACACUGAGCAUUUCAGAACUUACUCUAUUUUCUCAAAAAUCAAAAGGCGAGAAAUCUAUUUAUAUUGCAUGAUUAUCAAUGAGAAAUGAUCUAAAGCGGUGCGAUUUUCAUGUCAUGCCUCAGAGGCAGGGUGUAAUAACACUAAUAACAAUAAUACUGUACAAUACAAUACAAGUGUUGUUAAAUGGUUUCAUAAGUGUGUUUCCAUGUUUUUCUGGCGAUAGUUAUCCUCGGCUGCCAGUGAUGGAGACGACCACAUUUCUGCAUGUGUUUUCCCCUCAGGGGUCAUUGAGGGGAAAGAUGUAUGUGUGUCUGUAAUGCUGCGUUCAUGACCAAGUGGCCACCUUUUAAGCAGGAAGAAUCCACAUGUACAGAACUCGGAAUUCCCACUCUGAAAUUAGGAGUUUGUCAAGAGCGACUUCUCCGUGUUGUAAUGCCAUGACAUCAUUUAUGUACAAAUGAUAGCGCGUUUUAAGCUUUUCUAUUUGCAUAUGGUGUUCUGUUUAUGUUUGAUGUUGAUCAAUACAGGGAGCAAACUUAUAUUAUUAUAAUGUGUAUAAGAUCAAACUCUGUGCUUUCAUGUCAGAUUCUGUGCUAUAUUAGCAGUGAAGUACCAGCCACCUUUAAAAUAAAUGAAGAAUUCACAGAUCUUAAAGAGUAUUUCAAAGGAAGCUUCCUUCCGCAAAUUGUUUUCUUCAUUCUGCCCAGGUAACUUGAUGUAAACAGAGUACUUUGGAGUGGUUUGAUGUGAAAUGGUUCAUUGUAAAGACACUUACCAACGCAGAUUUCUUUACAGUGGAGGUGAUAGGAACCAGAGAUCAUGAUGCCUACAAGGCAAACAUGGACAUUAUUACUACCCAAUAAGACCAGUGAAUCUACACAUAGCUUCUGAGUUUUAUAUGUAAUAUAAAUAUUAGUAAAAUAAUGGAAAACUGAGAAAAUACGUUUUCUUCUGGAACUAUGUUGCCACACAACACCCUAUACCUCUUGUACCUCUUCACCAUGAAUGGAUUUUAAAAAAUAUGUUUUAGGCCAAAUCCUUCUCUAAACCUAUAGUAAAACUAUAAAUGCCUUAGGCAACAGGUUUAAUGUAGUAGCUUUCUGUGAGGGAGCUUUUAGAGGUCCUCAGACGUCUGGUUCCUAUCACCACCACUGUGGACACCUCUGACUCAGAAAGUUUCUCGAACGGAGCAUUUUGCAUCAAAUCGUUUACAUUUUAACCCUCUUGUCAUGCAGCAAUGUUGGCUUUAAAGCUGAAGCAGCUAAGAAGCUCUAAAGUGGGACGUAGGAAGCUAUGAGUUGGAAAAUUCCAAGCUCCCAUUUGUCAUGGAUGCAGCAUAACAUCUACCCCCAUUUUACUAUUUGUUUGGAUUUGUAAGAGAGUUCAUGCACUGGUCAUUUCUGCAGUUUCAUUUUUGCCGUCGUUGUGUGCGUAAUGCUGACAUCACACGCACAUCCUACAUUCUCCAACACUCCUCAUUUCUAUGAGAUGUGGCUAUUUAUGAUGAUUUAUAUGUACAAAUAGUUCAUUUCUUCUGUUUGUUUUGUUUUUGGUUGGGUUUUUGCAUGUAUAAUAAUGUGUAUUUCACAAGUGGAAGGGAUAUUUUCUAUUGAUUUGCACUCAGUCAGGUUCCAUUUAGUGGAGAGGAAGACAGAUGUAUGUGUGUGUGUGUGUGUGUGUGUGUGUGUGUGCGUGCGUGCGUGCGUGCGUGUGUGUGUGUGCGUGUAUCUUUCUCUAUCUUUUAUCCUUCUUUCUUGUAUCAUGUCUUACGUUAUUGUGAGAGCAUUAGCUCUCAGCUCAUUUGGAGGUGGUAGAGAUAGAGAACGUUAGAAAAUUGCAAAGGAAAAGUUUUGUCUUUCAUUGAAAUCACUCUGCAACUCUGUAGCGCAGUUCGCUCUGCAACCUGCAUGAGAGAAUAAAACAAACCAGUUACACUCA